AUCUGGCUAGCGACAAAAGCAGGACUGCAGCAGUCAUUGGAAUAACAGACACUGAGCAAACAUCGGAUGCCUCUUUUCAAAGGUGGACUCUUUUGUCUAUGAAGAUGAACACCUCUGUGGAGUCAGUGUCAGAGUUUGUGCUGCACUGCGUGAUUGAUUCCAGUCAGAGGAACUAUACGAUUGCGGCUCUCAUCUUCAUUUACUUGACGUCAAUUUGUAGCAACCUGCUGGUCUUUCUGGUCAUAGUGCAGAACCAUCAGCUUCAAACACCUAUGUUUCUUUUAAUUGCAACUCUUGCAAUACUAGACAUACUGAACAGCACUAAUCUUAUUCCGCGAAUGGUAGCGGCCCUCAUUUCAGAUUACCUUGCUGUGCCGUAUGGACCCUGCAUUCUGCAGAUUCUUGUAGAAGCUCACAUCUUGAUAGUCGGAACUGUUACUUUAUCUCUCAUGGCAGCUGACCGCUAUGUUGCUGUAGUUUAUCCCCUCAGAUACCCUUCAGUGAUUACAAAUCAAACAGUCUUGGUCUGCCUCUUACUAACCAAUGUCAUUGCAGUUAUAUUCGUCAUACCAUUGACAGUUCUUUUGACCGAACUUCCUUUUUGUCAAGGUAACAUUCUUUCUUCUUGUUUCUGCGAUUAUUCUGCAAUGGUUCAGAAGUCAUGUACUGAAGAUCCCAAAUUUCUGACUUAUCUCUCAGGGCUGACAGUUAUCUUUUUUAUUGACCCACUGCUACUGAUUUUGUCUUCCUACUUUCGAAUCACAUUGGCAGCACUUCAAAUUUCUUCAGUGGAAGAAAGAAAAAAAGUGUUUAGCACCUGUCUGACUCACUUAUUGGUGGUUUGUACUAUUUACGUACCUUUGAUUUUGUCAUACUUGCUACCAGGAACUGGGAUUAUUUUGUCUACUGAAGCCUACAACACUCUUGUCAUGGUUGGCAAUACUGUUCCUCCUAUGUUGAAUCCCAUUAUUUAUAGUUUUCGCAAUAAGGAGAUUAAAACAAGCCUUUACAAAUUUUUCAUGUGGAAAACAGCUGGAGGAAAUUAAAUCCUGCUGCAUGUACUGUAUGUCUGUUAACUUGCAGUAAGCUUUUCAGCUAGGCAGGAAAGCUGGUCGAAGAUGGCACCAUUUCCUGCCAGAAGGAAAUGCAUUUCGCUUUGUCACGCAUUGUUUUUUAAUUUAGUUGGCAGUAGUUGCUUCAUUUCAAUCGUUAAUGAAGUUCUUGCAAGUGACGCACAGGUCAUUGAAUUUGGAUGUAAAGGGGCAACCUCACCUAUCAACAAAAUUACUUUCUUUGCUAUGUUGUGUAUAACAGAAGAAAUUUAACAAAUGAGUAGAAAUCAAUGGCUCUUAUCAAAUCUGUUUGGAUAGCUAACAAAAUAAUCAAAAUAUCUGGCAAGGAUGUCGUUAACAGUGCUUUGACCCAGAGGAUUGUCAGUUUGUUCAUGGAUAAUGCUAUCAGAAGAGGGAAUUCAAUUGUGUUC